GCGGCUGCCGCAGCAGCAGCAUGGGCACAGCCCGGCCUCUCGCCUCGCCCUCUCCCUGACAUUUAGACCAGGUGUUCACGAACAAAAUGCACAAAAUCCCGACUGGCCGGAAUAACUCAUGAAGAAGGGGCUGGAUCCGUGGGUCAGAGAACACAGGACCAGUGUGCCACCCCAAGGCCGAAGGCCUCCUCCAACACAGCCCUCCAAGCUCUGAGAACUCUCUGACACAUCUUGACCAUGAGAACGUGGCUGACUUUUGACAGGAUUCGUGCCACAGACCCAGCGGCCUUGAACUAGUCCAUGGAGGAGCCUCCAGAACUCCCAGCCAGGCAAGCCGUCCCCUCCAGGGGGAAGAGCGGCGUGGAAGAGGACGGCGGCUGCAGCAGGAGUGGACAUGAACGCUGGUUUCCAAAGAGAACAGCGUUUUAGUUUCGGUCACCGGAAGUGGUGCCUGCAGCAUAGAAGAGCGUCACUUCUCAUCCAAGACUGUUGAUCCCCAGCAGGGGGCCACAGGAGAGAAGAGGCCGGAAGGGAGCCGCCCCCAGCAUCCAGCGUGGCAUCUCUCGUGCCGGGACCAGGGAUGACUGGGCCAUGGACACAGACAUCGCCCACCUUCCACUGUUCGCAUAGCACACGGGGGACUCUUAGGGACCACUUGCCACUGCCAACUGCAACCACACGAUGGCAAUACUGACAUCCCACAUGGCGUGUUCCUGGCAGACAUGCAGGCAGGAAGUGCCGGUGCGUUUCCUGUCUGUGAAGUAGAGGGCCAUGCCUCACCAGUAUGACCUGCCCUGAGGUCACUUGCAGUCAGUGACACUUGCAAAAAAAAAUAAUAGAAUUCCCAAAGCCGUCUGGGGUUUGAUUUCCACAGCUCUCGGCCAAAGCUGGACACCUCCCUCUGGGACACCUGGAUUGCUCGUAAAUGCAGCCUGCCCGGACCCUCCCUGAAUAGCCUCUGAAAUCUCUCCGAAGGUCAUGGAUCCUGAACAAAGUGCUAAGGGCACCAAGAAGGCGGAGGGAAGUCCCCGGAAGCGGCUGACCAAAGGAGAGGCUGUGCAGCCCAGCGUCACUUCCGGCGUCCCAUACCCAGGCAGCGGCACCGCUGCCUCCCAGGAGAGCACGCCCCAGGAGCUCCUAGCCCCGCAGCCCUUCCCGGGCCCCUCCUCGGUCCUCCGGGAAGGCUCUCAGGAGAAAACGGGCCAGCAGCAGAAGCCCCCCAAGAGGCCGUCCGCUGAGGCCACAGUCCACAUCUCACAGCUUCCGCAGCACCCUCUGACACCAGCAUUCAUGUCGCCCGGCAAACCCGAGCACCUCCUGGAGGGGUCCACCUGGCAGCUGGUCGACCCCAUGAGACCCGGACCUUCAGGCUCCUUUGUGGCCCCUGGGCUCCACCCUCAGGGCCAGCUCCUGCCUCCUCACGCUCCCAUCAUCCCCGCUGAGGACCUGCCUGGCAUCCCCAAGGUCUUUGUGCCCCGGCCCUCCCAGGUCACCUUGAAGCCCACGGAAGAGGCACCCAAGAAGGAGAGGAAACCCCAGAAGCCGGGCAAGUACAUCUGCCAGUACUGCAGCCGGCCCUGCGCCAAGCCCAGCGUGCUCCAGAAGCACAUCCGCUCGCACACGGGCGAGAGGCCCUACCCCUGCGGCCCCUGCGGCUUCUCCUUCAAGACCAAGAGCAACCUCUACAAGCACAGGAAGUCCCACGCCCACCGCAUCAAAGCGGGCCUGGCCUCGGGCAUGGGCGGCGAGGUGUACCCGCCGGGGCUGGAGAUGGAGAGGCUCCCCGGGGAGGAGUUCGAGGAGCCCACCGAGGGAGAAAGCACAGACUCCGAAGAGGAGACGGGCACCGCGGCCAGUCACGCGGCCGAGCUCUCCCCCAGGCCCAAGCACCCGCUGCUCUCCAGCGGUGUGUACGGCUCCGGGAGCCACGGCUCUGGCCACGAACGCAGUUCCUUGUCCCAGUCCAGCUCGGCGCCGUCGCUCGAGGACCCCUCUGCGUUUGCGGAACCUUCCUCCGAGCACCCCCAGAGCCACAAACCUGAAGACACCCACACGAUUAAGCAGAAGCUGGCCCUCCGCCUAAGCGAGAGGAAGAAGGUGAUCGACGAGCAGGCCUUCCUGAGCCCGGGCAGCAAAGGCAGUACCGAGUCAGGCUAUUUCUCCCGUUCCGAGAGCGCCGAGCAGCAGGCCAGCCCCCCCAACACCAACGCCAAGUCCUACGCCGAGAUCAUCUUCGGCAAGUGCGGGCGCAUUGGGCAGAGGACCGCCAUGCUGACGGCCACCUCCACCCAGCCCCUCCUGCCCCUGUCCACCGAAGACAAGCCCAGCCUGGUACCACUCUCUGUGCCCCGGACGCAGGUGAUCGAACACAUCACAAAGCUCAUCACCAUCAACGAGGCCGUGGUAGACACGAGCGAGAUCGACAGCGUGAAGCCCAGGAGGAGCUCGCUCUCGAGGCGCAGCAGCAUGGAGUCCCCCAAGUCCAGCCUCUACCGGGAGCCCCUGCUGCCCCACGGCGAGAAACAAUCGCUGCUGAGCCUCCAGCACCCGCCCAGCACCACCCCCCCUGUGCCUCUCCUGAGAAGCCACUCAAUGCCUUCGGCCGCCUGCACUAUCAGCACCCCCCACCCCACCUUCCGAGGUAGCUACUCCUUCGAUGACCACGUCACCGACUCCGACACCCUGAGCCGCAGCAGUCAAGUGUUUACCUCCCACCCCCGGAUGCUGAAGCGCCAGCCGGCCAUCGAACUACCUUUGGGAGGCGAGUACAGUUCCGAGGAGGCCGGCCCAAGCAGCAAAGAGGCAGCCUCCAAACCCUCGGAGGAACUGGAGCCCAAGGAGAGCGAACUCAGCAAAAAGACCAAGAAAGGGCUGAAGACGAAAGGGGCCGUCUAUGAAUGUAACAUAUGUGGUGCUCGCUACAAGAAGAGGGACAACUACGAAGCCCACAAGAAAUACUACUGCUCAGAGCUGCAGAUCACCAAGCCCAGCUCUGUGGGUGCUCACCCGCCCCCCGAGGCCGACAAGGGCCAGGCAGAGCAUGAGCCGUGGUCCCAGAUGAUGCAUUAUAAACUGGGGACCACCCUGGAGCUCACGCCCCUGAGGAAGAGGAGAAAAGAGAAGAGCCUUGGGGACGAAGAAGAGCCACCUGCCUUCGAGUCGACAAAAAGUCAGUUGGGCAGUGCCGGGCCGUCGUCCGAGGCCGCUCGGAACCUUCCCCUGGAGUCCACCAAGUCACCAGCAGAACCAAGUAAAUCAGGCCCCCCCUCGGAGGGACCCCUGGGCUUCCAGCCAAGGACUCCCAAGCCAGGGCCCGGUGCGGAAUCAGGGAAGGAGAGGAGGACAACGUCCAAAGAGAUUUCCGUCAUCCAGCACACCAGCUCCUUUGAGAAGUCCGACUCCCUGGAGCAGCCCGGGGGCCCGGAGGGGGAAGAGAAGCCUCCGGCCCCGUUCUCCUCGCCCCCCGCCGCCUCGGCCCACACACGCCCGCCGCACUCGCUGCAGCCCAGGUUGGUCCGCCAGCCCAACAUUCAAGUUCCCGAGAUCCUGGUGACCGAGGAGCCUGACCGGCCCGACACGGAGCCCGAGCCGCCCCUGAAGGAACCCGAGAAGACCGAGGAGUUCCAGUGGCCCCAGCGCAGCCAGACGCUCGCCCAGCUCCCCGCCGAGAAGCUGCCGCCCAAGAAGAAGAGGCUGCGCCUGGCCGAGAUGGCCCAGUCCUCGGGCGAGUCCAGCUUCGAGUCGCCCGUGCCUCUGUCUCGCAGCCCCAGCCAGGAGAGCGGCGUCUCACUGAGCGGGUCCAGCCGCUCGGCCUCCUUCGAGAGGGAUGAGCACGGGAAAGCGGAGGCCCCUGGACCCUCCUCCGACACACGCCCCAAGCCCUUGGGCACCCACAUGCUGACUGUCCCCAGCCACCACCCACAUGCCCGAGAGAUGCGCAGGUCAGCCUCGGAGCAGAGCCCCAACGUGUCCCACUCUGCGCACAUGACCGAGACACGCAGCAAAUCGUUCGACUACGGCAGCUUGUCCUCCGCAGGCCCUGCCGCGCCGGGCCCCACCGCUCCCCCGGCCCCGGCAGCUCCUCCGGAGAGAAGGAAAUGCUUCCUGGUGCGACAGGCCUCUCUGAGCAGGCCUCCAGAAGCUGAGGCCGAGGCCGCCCCCAAGGGAAGACAGGAGAGUGAGGAAGCACAGCUGUCGCCCGGCAAACCUCCCACCAAAAGCUCGCUGCCCCAGAUCUCCUCGGCGGCGGGCCCCUCGCACAGCGGGCACUCCGGAGGCAAGGGCCAGGUGCAGGACCGGCCCCCAAGGGGCUCUCCUCCACCCUACACAGAGGCACUGCAGGUGCUGCACCACCCUGUGGCGCAGCUCCCCCUGCCGGAGAAACCGUACCUGCCCCCGCCCAUCUCCCUCUUCUCCUUCCAGCACCUCCUGCAGCACGAGCCGGGACAGUCUCCAGAGUUCUUCUCCACCCAGGCCAUGUCCAGCCUCCUCUCCUCGCCAUACUCCGUGCCCCCGCUUCCUCCCUCUCUGUUUCAAGCCCCGCCUCUUCCUCUCCAACCUACAGUUCUGCACCCAGGCCAGCUCCACCUCCCGCAGCUCAUGCCUCAUCCCGCCAGCAUCCCCUUCCGGCAGCCCCCUUCGUAUCUCCCCAUGCCAUACCCCUCCUCAUCAGCGCUCUCCCCGGGGUUCUUCCUGCCGCUGCAAUCCCAGUUUGCGCUUCAGCUCCCUGGCGAUGUGGAGAGCCACCUGCCCCUGAUCAAAACCAGCCUGGCCCCGCUGGCCACAGGAACCGCUGGCCCCUCCUCCAGCGCGGCGUACAGCAGCGACGUCCAGCUGCCCCCCGGGGCUCCCCCAGCCAGCUCCUCGGCACCCACAUCGGCCCCUCCGCUGGCCCUGCCCGCCUGUCCGGAUGCCAUGGUGUCCCUGGUUGUCCCCGUCCGCAUUCAGACCAACAUGCCAUCCUAUGGGAGCGCAACAUACACCACCCUCUCCCAGAUCUUGGUCGCCCAGUCCCCAGGCAGCACAGCCACAGCAGCUCUUGCCAAGUUUGAGGAGCCCCCGUCCACAGGGACAGCUGCACGUGGGGCGGAGGUGUAUGAGGUGGAGCCGGGACCGUCUGGGUUAAGUGACGAGCAGAGCAGAGGUUUCCCGACUCCAUACCUGAGAGUGCCCGUGACGUUGCCCGAAAGGAAGGACCCCUCCCUGUCGUCAGAGAGUGUCUUGAGCCUGGAGGGGAGCUCAUCCACUGCAGGGGGAAGCAAACGUGUCCUUUCCCCAGCUGGCAGCCUUGAACUCACCAUGGAAACCCAGCAGCAAAAAAGGGUGAAGGAGGAGGAGGCUUCCAAGGCAGACGAAAAACUGGAGUUGGUGAGACCGUGCAGCGUGGCGCUUCCCAGCCCCGAGGAUGGAAAGAGGCCAGAGAAACCCCACGUAGGCAGUCAGGGCCAGAGCAGGAGGGAGCUAGAAACAGUGUCCAGCCUGUCCUCAGAACCGUCUCACCCAAAGGAAGUUCCUCCUCUGCCCCACCCCGCAUUGCCUCCCGGGACAGACCCAGGCUCUGAAGCUCUGAGGGAAUGCGCCCAGCCAUCUGGCAGACCUCACCGAAGAGGGCUGCCCCCACUGGGCGUGAAGAAAGAAGACCCCAAGGAACAACCUGACCUCCCUCCCUUAGCACUUCCCAGCUCUCUGCCUCUGUCAGAAACGCCCCCCAGACCAGCCAAGCCGCAAGAAGGUAUGGACUCAAAGAAGGUACUGCAGUUCCCCAGCCUCCACACGACCACUAAUGUCAGUUGGUGCUAUUUAAACUACAUUAAGCCAAAUCACAUCCAGCAUGCAGAUAGGAGGUCCUCUGUUUACGCUGGUUGGUGCAUAAGUUUGUACAACCCCAACCUUCCGGGGGUUUCCACUAAAGCUGCUUUGUCCCUCCUGAGGUCUAAGCAGAAGGUGAGCAAAGAGACAUACACCAUGGCCACAGCUCCGCAUCCUGAGGCAGGAAGGCUUGUGCCAUCCAGCUCCCGCAAGCCCCGCAUGACAGAGGUUCACCUCCCGUCACUGGUGUCCCCGGAAGGCCAGAAAGAUAUAGCUAGAGUGGAGAAGGAAGACGAGACGCGAGGGAAGCUGGAGAAGGACGCUCCUGCCUCCAAGAGAGGGGAGCCGGCGAGGAUCAAAAUCUUCGAAGGAGGGUACAAAUCAAACGAAGAGUAUGUGUAUGUGCGAGGCCGCGGCCGAGGGAAGUAUGUUUGUGAGGAGUGUGGAAUUCGCUGCAAGAAGCCCAGCAUGCUGAAGAAACACAUCCGUACCCACACUGACGUCCGGCCCUAUGUGUGCAAGCACUGUCACUUUGCUUUUAAAACCAAAGGGAAUCUGACUAAGCACAUGAAGUCGAAAGCCCACAGCAAAAAGUGCCAAGAGACAGGGGUGCUGGAGGAGCUGGAAGCCGAAGAAGGAACCAGUGACGACCUGUUCCAGGACCCGGAAGGGCGCCAGGGCUCAGAGGCGGUAGAGGAACACCAGUUUUCAGACCUGGAGGGCUCGGAUUCCGACUCGGACCUGGACGACGAAGAGGACGAGGACGAGGAGGAGAGCCAGGACGAGGCGCCCGGGCCGUCCGCAGAGGCUGCCCCGCCCAGCCGGCCAGACUCCUCCCCGCUCCCCAGCCCUCAGCCCUCAGGUGCCAGCGCCGAGCUGCAGGCCGCGCCAGGCGGCUCCGUCUCGGAAGCUGAGCGCCCGACAGCCAGGACCUGCUGCUCCUGCAGCCAGAACACCCUGUGCCUCCCCCCGCCGGGACCGGCCCCCGCAGGCCCCGUGGAGAAGGACGCAGGCCCAGCCCCGAGCUCCAAGGCUGCAUCGCCCCGACGGCCGUGGUCCCCAAGCCGAGAACCAGGCAGCCGCCCACCGCUGGCCCGCAAACACUCACUAACCAAAAACAACUCGUCUCCGCAGCGACGCUCACCGGCCCGGGAGGCCCCGGCCCCAGCCUCGAGCCCACCUGGCCUCCAAACGGGCCCGCGAAGAGACACGGGCCCCCUCCCCUGCGGGUCUCCACGACUCCAGCUGUCUCCUCUCACCUUCCAUCCCCUGGGAAGAGAACCAACCCCUCGCGCACACCUGCCCCCCGAACUUGAGGGCACCCCAGGCCCGGGCCCCCUCCGACACUCACCCACCAGGAGAUGGUCUCCGGGCCAGGCAGCGUCCCCACCACAGCCGGUGCUGCCAGGGGAGUGGGCCUUGGCUGGGCCGGGCAGCCCCUCAGCGGGUGAGCAUGGCCCAGGCUCGAGGCCGGCCCCGCGGGUUCUCCUUCCGCCCGCGCCUCUACCUCACAAGCUCCUCGGCAGAAGCUCCGAGACCUGCGCCUCCACCUGGCAGAAGGCCGAGCCCCGAAGUCCGUCCUGCUCACCUGGCCCUGCUCACCCCUUCUGCUCCCGACCCUUCUCUGCCUCCCACGACUUCCGCGGCCACGUCCCAGCCCGGACGGAGGAGAACAUCUUCAGCCACCUGCCGCUGCACUCCCAGCACCUGACCCGCGCCCCGUGCCCCUUGAUCCCCAUUGGGGGGAUCCAGAUGGUGCAGGCCCGGCCGGGGCCCACGGUGGCCUGGGUCAGCGGCUUCUCAGGGGGUGGCAGCGACCUGACAGGGGCCCGGGAGGCCCAGGAGCGAAGCCGCUGGAGUCCCACCGAGAGCUCGCCGGCCUCCGUGUCCCCCGUGGCUAAGGUCUCCAAGUUCACCCUCUCCUCGGAGCUGGAGGGCAGGGAGGACCCCAGGGAGAGGGAGAGAGAACGGACAGGCGGGGGCCUGGGCAGACCUCCAGACUGGGAGCCCCAGGGGGCCGAGGCACCCCCAGAGCCCACGCCCAGGCACAGCUCCCACACCCCACCCGAGGCUUCAUCCCAGCCACCCCAGGGCCACUGGGCAGCACUGUCCCGGAGCCCCCGCUUGGAGUCACCACGCGCACCGGCCAAGCCCAAGGACCCAGCCACCCCGCCACUGGACCGCAGCAGCUCCAUGGGCUGCCUGGCCGAGGCCUCCGCUUGCUCCCCAGCUCGGAGGAGGAGGAACCUCUCCGGGGAACCCAGGACCAGGCAGGGCUCCCCCGAGCCCUCAGGAAGUGGGGAGCCCAGGGCGCCUCCACCACAGCCCGAGGACAGGGGCCCGCCGAGCCCUUAGUCUCUGUGUGGCCGCCCCAGCGUGCGGCUCCCAGCGGCAGGCAACGGAUCUCUGCAGCCAGCCCCUCGACUCACGGCGCCCACCGUCCCUCUGCCCUGACUGUCCGUCCAUCUGUCCAUCCGUCCGUGCUGCUUCUGCCCGCGAGCCCGUCUGUCCUACCUUCCCAUGUCUGCAGUUACCUGUGCCUUUUCUACACCUUUUGUUGCUUGAAAGGAAACAAAACCAAUCACACACAUGCAUAGACCCC